ACAGCUGGUGGGAUGGAGGCGACCUUAGAGCAGCACUUGGAGGACACGAUGAGGAAUCCAUCCAUUGUUGGCGUCCUGUGCACAGAUUCACAAGGACUCAAUCUGGGCUGCCAUGGUGUCCUGUCAGAUGAGCAUGCUGGAGUGGUAUCUGUUCUAGCCCAGCAAGCAGCUAAGCUAACAUCUGACCCCACUGACAUUCCUGUGGUGUGUCCAGAGUCAGAUAAUGGGAACAUUAUGAUCCAGAAACACGAUGGCAUCACAGUGGCAGCCACAAAAUAG